ACACUCUCUCCCUUGCUCCGCUGCCCCUCCUGCCUCUCGCUCUCUCCGUGCUCCUCUCAUUUUUUUCUGUGCCCCAGAGAAUUCCUCAUCCAAACCUCAAUCACGUAUGAUUGCGUAGAGUGAGAGAGAGAUCGAAAGGUGAGCCCAUUCACGCUUGCCUGUCGGCGAGAGCACACGCCACACAUCCACACGGAACGCAUUGGAAAUACUCCUUUUGGCUACACCAAUGGUUUUGUAGGCAAUAAGAAAAAAAGGCGUUUUGGGAAAUCUUUAUAGCCUACCUACGGACAAAUAAUAACAACAAAACGCAUAUUUGUUUUCUCACAUCGUAAAAGCCCAAUCACCAUGUUGCUGCUGCAUUCUCGCAGACCAUUAUCUUUCCCCGGCUGUGCUCGCGGGGUCUGCUACUGGUAGAGCGGCUGGCGCGCUGGCACAAAUGCCCGUAGUCCUCGGGAGCAAGUGGGGCAGCCAAAUAGACAGUCGCCUAGCUCUCGUCGCCUCUCCAUUCGGCGUUGUAUUUGGCUUAAUACGUUGAAAAGUUAUGAGGCGUUGCAUUAACGCAGCUGUUGACGAAAUUGUUUACAGUGAAGUUUAAGGUGUCUCGAAUGCAUUAUGGUGCUGGAUAUUUUGCCACUUACCGACUUUCCGUGCAAAUGAGGAUUGCACAGAGGGAGACGGUCGAUCUUGUCAGACUUGGCGCCAUUCAACUGGAAUACCUGGGACUCAAUUGUGUGCACGCACGCUCCGACAACACACAAACUUAUUUACCACUGUUGUAACAUUUUUUUUUUAAUAGCCUACAUUUUGUAGCCAUGAUUUUAUCCGUGCGUAAAUUGGCGGCAUAUGUUUUAUGAGUCAAUGGCAUGUGACGCUUUCCCUGCAAGGAAUUUGUGACUGUAGGCUGGUAUUGUUCCCCAGGAUGCAGUAUGAAGCCCGAUGAUGCGCGGGACUUGGUGGAAUUUCUAAAGGGGAUCGGAAUGACAUUUGAGUAAACCCCCGUGGACCGUAAAUUCGAUUUUCUCCACCCGGUUCUUUUUUGCACCAAACAGUCGCACACAACUCGACAUCUGUCCAACGAUUCUGGGCUCGGUUUCGGUUCGGCUCGCCCGCGAGGGAGAUGGCCGCAAUCGCCAGCUCCUUGAUCCGACAGAAACGCCAGGCGAGGGAGUCAAACAGUGACCGGGUCUCCACUACUAAACGGCGCCCCAGCCCCAGCAAAGACCCACGUUCCAUAUGCGAGCGGCAUUUCUUGGGGGUCUUCAGCAAAGUCCGUUUCUGCAGUGGCAAGAAAAGACCAGCCGCUCGGCGGCGACCAGAUGCACCCUCCAAACCUCCACAGGUGUCCCGUAAGGGCGGCAGGCUAGAGCCGCAGCUGAAAGGCAUCGUGACACGAUUGUUCAGCCAGCAGGGCUUCUACCUGCAGAUGCAGCCGGACGGCUCUAUCGAUGGCAGCAAGGACGAGAACAGCGACUACACCCUGUUUAAUCUAAUUCCUGUGGGUCUGAGGGUGGUGGCCAUCCAAGGGGUGAAGGCCGGCCUCUACAUUGGAAUGAACGGAGAAGGAUUCCUCUACAGCUCAGAAAUGUUCACGCCGGAGUGCAAGUUUAAGGAGUCGGUGUUUGAGAAUUACUACGUGAUCUACUCGUCCACUGUGUACCGGCAGCAGGAGUCCGGUCGGGCCUGGUUUCUUGGCCUUACCAAGGAAGGCCAGGUCAUGAAGGGGAACAGGGUCAAGAAAACCAAGCCCUCCUCACACUUUGUCCCCAGGCCCAUUGAAGUGUGUAUGUAUAGGGAGCCGUCGCUGCAUGAGAUCGAAGAGAAACAGCGCUCCAGGAAGAGCUCAGGGACUCCCACCAUGAACGGAGGGAAAGCUGUCAACCAGAACUCCUAGCAGCAGGGCCCCAAGGGUGGGGGGGCACUAGGGGGGCCUGUGUCCCCCCUCUCUUAAAUAGAGGGGAGAGAGGCUACAGACCCCCCUCACCACCAUGCCCUCUGAAGGGAUGGACCGCCACGAGGGGGAGGAGCUACACCCAAGAUGACUAAAAACUGAACUCUCGCCUGUGAAAAUCUUUUAGACGAAUAUCAAGAUAAACCCAGAGGAAAACAAAAAACAACGACAAACAUUUUCAAUCAGGAGUUGACCUACGUUUUAUGCAAAAAAGAAAAAAAAAGCUGUGACAAAGGAAUGGUGGUCUCUUCACAAUACAAAUAUCUAUCGUUUCCAAUUUAAGCUGUGAAAAAUGAGCUUUAAAGACAUGUUCAAUUUCCCAUGCAUUGAUUUUAUGAACGCUAUGGCACCCUCACAUGCUUAAUUGUGUUACUGUUGUCCAAUAAUAACAAUAUUACUUAUGUGUUGAUAACUCUUCAUCCCAAUUUAGUAUCAUGGGUAUUCUGUUUUUCAUUUGAGACUGUAGACAUGAAAAAUUGUUGGUAUUUUUUAUUGCUUGACAUUGAAUGCACUUUCACACUGCAUACACUGGUGUGAGGGUAAAGAAUGAAUAUAUAUGAGAAGUCGCUGGUGGGCUCGGUUGGAACAGGAAUGGAUGAGUGGGAUGGCUUUUGCUCAGGUGAUAUACUGUCGGUGUGGAAUAGGUUGUGUGGAUCUUGGAUUCCUUUCCUAUCUCCACAUACUCUUUGAUAUGACAGGACUAGACAACUAAAAGCAAUAUGGCUGCUACUCCACCAAGCCUCAUAGUAGUCCUCUAGCAUAUUAUGGUGCGUUCGAGUGCUGAUGGAAAUGUGGAAAUACGAGUUCCUGACCCAGGAAUAAUGAUUGAACGACCCUCAAAGUCUGAGUUCCAAGUGGGAAACACGGUCCAGAAUGAAGAUACUGAAGUUUACGAGGUGUGACGUUUCAUCACUGACCUUUCCAUUUUUCGACCACUAGACGAUAAAAGAAAGCCAUUUACAACCGUAACCAUCUGACUAAUGUAGCUCGGUGGAUCAAUACAGUAUAUAGUUUGACAUAUUGUCAACAUAAGCAACGUUAGCUAGAUUAGCCAUCUAGCAAAAAUGCCAUUGGUUGAAGAGCACUUGAAAGCACUCAUGUUGUAUUUACAACUUCACCAACUGGGAAAUAUCAGAUUCCGAGGACCAUUCGAACGCACCAUUACUCUCAAUGAUCCAGUCCUGUGAACUUAAUGGUCAAGAGGGAAAGGAUAGCCUUGUAAUAUUAUCAAUACUCUGGCAAAGUGGGUAUAGCCAGGAGGAAAAAAGAUUGAUAGAGCUUCUGGUUGUUUUUGUUUGGUGUGCCCAGUACUAAUAAGGGUAUUUUUUCUAAUAAGGUCUGGGUUGGCCAAUCCUAGGGUGAAAUGCAAUAUUCUCUCCAGAAAAGGAAACUUGGCUAGCAUCCGCCAAUCAAGGAUUCUUUCAUGAUUAUUUGGAACAGGUCUACUUCACCUCUUUAUGAGCUUUGACAAUACUUUCUUCGAAGUGCGUCAGAGAAUGCUUUUAGCCGGUACAAAUAAAUUAUGAAAAUGUCCUUGGGAAGGCACGUUGUUGUGGCUUGUGUAAGGGCUCAGCAGACUCAGGCUGCUUGGGGCUAAGGUGAUUAUGAAAGCUAUCCAAGUAUUCGUCCCAAUACUCUUAAGAUUAUUCCUCUCCUUGUGUCUUUAUCUUUGUUAUCAGUACACUGAGCAGACUAGAAAUGUCACAAUUGGUUGAUGGGGUGUAGCGCAUUCAUUUUAUGUAAUUAGUCUCUUUAUAUCUGUGGCCAUGAGGGAAAAGAAACAAAGGAAGUAUUUUAAGAUCAUUUUCGACAAAGCCCCUGUGAGCUCAUCCUCUUCCAUCAUUACCCUUUCACCUACGACACUAAUCAACAAUAACCUAGCACAAUGCAACGGGAAGGAGCCCAGCCAUCCAAAACCAACAAAAACAAAAUUUGGAUGCCGGAAGGUUCGUUUGCCCUGAGAGUCUGUAAAUAUUUCACUUUUUUGUACUUACAGGCUGGCAUCCCAAUGGCUUCCAUCUCAGUAGGUUUUGUGAGCCAUGAAAUGAGCCGAUUGCUGCAUUGUGGAAAUGAGCCGAUUGCUGCAUUGUGGAAAUGAGCCGAUUGCUGCAUUGUGGAAAUGAGCCUCCGCCAUUUCAUAAAUCAAAUGUAGGAGAGUGGCUGUAUAUACGAAGAGUAAAAAGGCUGGUUAAACCAGUAGGGAAGGCAGGGAGGAAUCUCCCCCAUCACCAAGAUGGAGAAGUCACCGUGUCCACUGAUCCUAUCGUUCGUCUAACUCAGGAAGUCCCACUCCAGUCUAAUGAACGGAGUCUGACAACAAGGCGGGCCACCCUUGCCCAGCACCUAAUGCACAAAGCCUGGCCAAAGGUGUGGUCUUGGGGGGGGGUUGGGUCAGGGGUGUUGGUGGCAGAGUGGGGGGUCUGGAAGUCUUGGGAUCUGGCCAGGGCAUGAGAUAGGGGAUGUCAGGGUGUCAUGUCAGACACUUCCUCAAUUAACUGCGGCAGGUCAUGGCAGAAGACCAGCACAAGUCUUCCACUGCGAUCAGGAGAGAGCUGGGCUCAGUUCUGCAGUAGUUGCUCCAGUUUAAAUAGCCCAAAGGCACAGAUCUAGUAAUCGGCUUACUCUCCCUCAGUUCUAACCUUAACCAUUAGGGGAUAGGGACGCAAAACUGACCUUGGAUCAGCAUCAACUUCAUACUACUCAAAAGGAUGUACUUUACAUAACCUGCUGGCAGAGAAGAAGGGAGGAUAGAAAUGAGGGGUUAAGAAUAGGGAGUGAGAGUAAAAUAGGGGAUAUGCGAGUGAACUAAGAGAUCACUUUUGGGGGACAAAAUUAAAAUGCCAGAGCGAUAGCGCAGGGGCUCAAUACUGUGUAAAGAGAUAUUAUAUUUAUGUUUGUUUGCAAAUGAUUUCACCGUAAAUGGAACUCAAGCAUAUAUGCAUUAUGAAUUGUGAGAUGAAAAAAAUGCAUUGAUAUUUAAAAAUCAGAAUGAAGUUAGUGAUUGUUUAAGAAUAAAAAUACAUUAUCAAAAGCU